AUGCUGGCUUACCACUCAUCGCUCAUGGAUCCGGACACCAGACUCAUUGGAAACAUGGCGCUGUUGCCUAUCAGAAGUCAAUUCAAAGGACCCGCCCCCCGAGAGACAAAAGAUACAGAUAUUGUGGAUGAAGCCAUCUAUUACUUCAAGGCCAAUGUCUUCUUCAAAAACUAUGAGAUUAAGAAUGAAGCUGAUAGAACCUUGAUAUAUAUAACUCUCUACAUUUCCGAGUGUCUAAAGAAACUCCAAAAGUGCAACUCCAAAAGCCAAGGUGAAAAGGAAAUGUAUACGCUGGGAAUCACUAAUUUUCCCAUUCCAGGAGAGCCUGGUUUUCCACGUAAUGCGAUUUAUGCCAAACCGGCAAACAAACAGGAAGAUGAGGUGAUGAGGGCCUACUUACAGCGGUUGAGACAAGAGACUGGACUGAGACUUUGUGAGAAAGUUUUUGACCCUCAGAAUGAUAAACCUAGCAAGUGGUGGACUUGCUUUGUGAAGAGACAGUUCAUGAACAAGAGUCUUUCAGGACCUGGACAGUGAAAAGAGCCUGGACUGACACUUCCCAAAGCCGUGAGCAGCAUUUUACAGCAAGAUGUACACAGUUCUUUGCCUUUAUUUGAUAAAAUUUUAUACAGAAGAGAGAAGAGAGCAAAGUGAAGAAAAGUGUCUUCACUCGAAGAGCUCUUUAUCAAGAAUUUGGGUGGGGGAGGGAAGAAUGGGUUG